CGAUCGAGGCACCACAAGGAACGCACCACAGACACGCACACCUCGAUUGUAGCCAUGGCAUUGGUAGGCUUCGGCACGGUCGCGCCGGCGGUGGCAUCGUCGGCGGAGAGGCGCCUGGGCCGCCGCGCGGCACGCCCGUCGACCGCCCACGUCCCUGCCGCGACGAAGGUCGUCACGGCGAAGGUGGAGGAGGAGAAGGGGCUGUUCGACCUCAUAUUUGGCGCCCUGUACAAGGAGGAGCAGCUGCUGGAGACGGACCCCAUCCUCAACAAGGUCGAGGGGAGGGCCGCCGCCGCAGCCCCCAAGGCCGGCACGGUGGCCAAGAAGAAGGCCGCCGGCGACGACGGCGGGUUCAGCAUCGGCGGACUCUUCUCCAAGAAAGGGUGAUCAUCGCUCACGUACAUAUAUUCAAGAGCGUUCAUGCAUGCGUGGGUUAAGAUGGGUUUAUUUACGUUCGUGCACACAUAUGCGUUCGGCAUUUCAAUUGAUUGGUUGUAAUUCUCUGAGCCCCAGGAUUGGAAGGCUCGAGAAAAAAGCCGUUCUGAUUCAUGACGCGGACCUCUUGUGAUACUCUUCAAAACUAGUAAUUAAUCAAGUAUGAUGAUCGCCCUCAAGAAA